AUUUGGUUAAGGGGACAGAUAGCUGUGGUUCACACUCCAACAUAGUAAGUGGCAGUAAUGCGCCUUAACGCUGUUGCCAUAAAAACGAUAAAACAGCCAUAAAACGGAAAAAAGAAGAAGUAUCACACCCGCUCCACACCUGCCAUUUGCUCACUGGGUCAAGUUGCGCUCUGGGCUGGCAGGCCCGGGCGGGCCACAGAGAAACUCACUUUACCUAACAGCAAGCUUCAAAAUGUCCCGGUCGAAGUUGGAGAGACGUAAAGUUGGUUGUGAAAAUUGCCAAUUCUAAAGCGAAUGGACUGAGAAGUAUUUAUUCACUUUGCCAACUGCAACAAGUAAUAAACCGGUGUGUUUAUUGAGAAACAAAUGCAUUGCUGUGAUGAAAGAAUAUAACGUGAAGAGGCUUUACAAGUCAAAUCAUGGCUCGUGUUCUGCCAGUUUUGCAGAGGGCUUGGAGGAACGGAGAAGGAAAGUACAGGGACUGCCAGCAUCUUUUCAAUGGAGUCAAGUGGCCCUUGGUCGCUUUUGCACGGAACAAGAGAGAACCAUGAUAGUAUCCCUGCAUGUAGCCUGGACACUAACCAGAGAGAAGAGGCCUUUUACCGAGGUGGAAACUGUUAGAGAUUGCAUGCUUGCUGUCAUUGAUGAAAUGGUUGUUGAUGAAAUAGUUAAGGAAAGCGUCACUUCAACCAUUAAAAAAGUACCUCUCUCGGACACAUCAUUCUUCGCAGAGUGGAACUACUUGCAAAGGAUGUCUCAAGAAAGCUUUUGGAAAACCUUCAAAAAGCAGAGGUGAUGUCUAUCGCUGUCGACGAAUCAACUGAUCGUACCGACAUGGCCCAGCUAUGCAUCUAUGUCAGGUUUUUCGACGGAGUGUGCUUUUGGGAAGAACCUCUGGGACUUAUUCCAUUGGAGGGACACACAACAGUUGAGGUGAUUUUUCAAAAGAUUGUCUCAUUUUUUAAUGAGCGUGAACUGGAUUUACAAAAAGUUUGCCUGUUGGUUAAUGAUGGCACUCCAACUAUGAUUGGUAGAGUGCAAGGGCUGGUGGCGAGGCUAUCAGCCAUAGCCCCACAUAUGCAGUUUUUACACUGUGUCAUUCAUCAGUCUUUGCUGUGUGCAACGCUCGGUGGUGAUCUGAAAAACACUAUGGACACUGUUAUGAACAUUGGGAAUUUUAUUCGAUCAACCUCCAGCCUGCAACAUCGCCUCUUCCGUCAGCUACUUGCUGACACCUCUGCAGAACACACUGACUUAUUUGUCCAUAACGACCUCAGAUGGCUCAGCAAAGGAAAGUUUCUGGACUGUGUCUGUCAACUCAGCCAGGAGAUUGUGUCUUUCCUUUGCAUGUGUAAACACAAACGGGCAACAAACCUCAUGGAGUGCAUGUUGGAUGAACAGUUUAUGGCAGAAGUCCACUUUCUGUGUGACAUUUUUGGACACUUGAAUACUUUGAAUUUGGAAGUGCAGGAGUGGGAAAAAUCUAUUGCUGAUUUGGUUGAGAGGCUUUGUGCCUUCAAGAAAAAGCUAACGAUUUUCACAACAGACCUAAUGGUAACAAAAGUGCUGCACUUCCCAGAACUCCGUGCAUUCAUGAGCACAGCACCUGGGGCACACAUAACACCCGUCAUGAGAGACUUCAUGACAAAAUUGACUGAGAACUUUACUGAGAGAUUCCAAGGCUUCAGCAUUCCCAUUGAGAUUUCUACCACAAACUGGUGUCAGAAGUGGGAUCGCUCGACUGAGGGUGUCUGGACUCGGAGUCGAAGGAGGCCGAUCAUCCUGAAGCCAAAUCUUCAGCCUCAACCUCGCCACAAGGACGGUGUGUCAAAAUGCAGGAUUCUGAAUUCAACUGGGUGCUGCCCAGGAGACGCCUCAACCCGCCACAACAACAAGAUGAACCAGCAGCCCAAGCUCAUCAGACGCCUGAUCCAUGGCCAAGAGCUACACCACCUUAUAACUCUAACCUUCCCCCAUCUCAUGUUCCCCUCAUCUACCCUGAUACAUCUGGCUUACGACAACUUUUGGAUGAGGCCACAGCAACAACAAAUCAACAGGACAAAGCUGCCUCCCCUUCUUAUAUCAGGUCUGGUCUGGUAUUCAAAAGAUCUCAAAAUCCAACCAUCAUCCCUGUGCUUUCAUUCAUCACCCCCCAUCUCCAGUGAGACCUGACAUAGAGGGAAACAUGGACCGGAUCCUGAAUCUCCCCAUGAUGGAGGUAGAAGGUGCAGAUGGACAUGUGAUGUUAAUCCUCAGACCAUGGACUAUGGAGGACGUUUAACAGGCAAUGACUCACCUUUCAUCACCAUCAGAUGGAGGUGAUGUGAAAUUUGCAGCUGAUCUGAUUCUGUUUUGCAGAGAGUUUCACCCAACAACCUCUGAACUGAGAUGGCUCCUGAUGGUAAAGAUGGGCAAUAAUUGGGCAAAGAUCUCAGCAGGAUAUCCAGAGAAUGAUAUGACACUGACUAACCCCGACUGGGUGCAUAAUGACAACGCAGCCUAUAGAGUACACAUCACAGAUCUCUGUGAGCACAUCAAAGCAGCAUUCACUGUGAGAUUGGACAUGAGCAAAAUCUCCUCAUGUAAACAAGAAGAUGAUGAGAGUGUUCACAACUAUCUCACUCGUCUGACAGAAGUUCACAACACACACAGCGGGCUGACAUCUACAGCUGACCUGAAUGAUAAUGCUAUUACAGCAUGGGAAGUACAUUUGAGAAACAGCUUCCUGAAUGGACUGAAACCUGAUAUUUCCUACAUAGUGAAACGUAUAUUCAUCACCUGGGAUUAAACGCAAAUUAAGCCUCAUUGAAGCAAAAUGCUGUGCACGCUGAGAAAAUCCUCAAAGAAAGCCAAGUGAGGAAAGGAGAAAAGAAAGAGAAAGAUCUGCACAUUGCUGCAUUGACUAUGUUCCAAGGACAUGCCAGAGGGCGCAGACACAGCCGUGGCAGAGGCGGACUUAGAGGUGGCUGUAGAGGAUGACACACAACUGAUCCAGAUUCUUGUUUUCAUUGUGGUGAGAGAGGACACUGGGCCAAAGACUGCGUAAAGAAAAAUCCAACUUUCAAGCACAAGACCGAAUGACUCUGGGCGGCAGCUCAGGAGGGGGAGGAAUCAGCACCUUUAACUUUGACCACACUGACGCACGAUGAGAGACAACCUACACAUCAGACAGGUGAUUGCACCAUGCACACACAUAUGCACACACUGAUUGAUGAUGCCAUAGCUCAGUUAGAGAAGAAGCAGGAAACAGCAAACACACAGCAUGUAGGCACAUAUGCUAAAUACUCAACUGAUGCUUAUGCAGGCAUGCCGACACACACACUUCUUGUACAUGGUAAGCAUGUAACAUUUCUUGUUGAUUCUGGUGCAACACAAUCUGUUAUUAGAGCUGACACUUUUUUAACACCUCCAAAGAUGAGCGGAAGAUACAUGAAGUCUGUAGGGGCGUCAGGUGACACAGUUCUGGAAAAAUACAGAACUCCAUUAUCAUGCACUGAUGAUGUUACAGGCAAAUUUAAGCAUUCAUUAUUGUUGUCAAACUGUUGUCCAAUCAAUCUAAUGGGAAGAGAUGUAAUGUGUUUCUUGGGUAUUUGUCUUGUUUCAACAUCAAAAGGGGUUAUUGUUAUUCGAACAAGUGAACUUGAGUUCCCUGACACUCACGUAUUUGUGAAAUACAGCCCUGACACACUGCUUUAUGUGUAUGAACGCAAGCUCUGCACAUCAGCUGUGACUUCCGUAAACACUGCUGAUGUUGAGAGUUCAUGCACACUCACAUUCAACAUAGACACAGACUACAUGCAACCACAAGACCUACACUGCACUGCACACAUACAUGAAGGGGGAGAUGCAGAGUUUGAGAAAAGAUGGUUCAAAGAUGGUUGUCUGAGCGAAAAGCUAACAUUAAGUAACAUGUUUUGGAAUAAACACAGAUAUGCCGUUUCAGUGACCUUGCCUGAACAAACAAAACCAAAGCAAAUUGAUGAAUCUUCACCAUAUUUCUCUUUCAGUGAUUCAGGUUCCAAUUCUCUUUUUGACAUUCCUGUUUCAUAUCCACAUGUCAAACACAGGGAAGGAAAAUGGCAAGAUUUGGGUCCAUGGGUGAGUCAGUGUGUUAGUGCACAAAUGUGGGAGUCAAAAUCUGAUCCUUAUGUUCAAUAUAAUCCUGUUUUGAAGGUUUAUCGACAAAAAUACACCUCUGUUGUUCACACACUCAGAUCUGUUCAGCUGAUACUAGACACAACACACACCUGCAUAUAUGCAUGACACCUGUGAUGUCAUAAACAGCCCAGCCCUACAGGAAGUCCCAAAGACUCUGUGGGCCCAAGGCAAACAUGAUGUUUGUCUGAUUAAAGGAAUGCAGCCAGUUGUGAUAACACCAAAAUCUGAUUACAGGCCCUGCCAACCACAAUAUCCUCUCAAAAAAUAAGCGGUUGAGGGCGUUACACCAGUCUUUAAUGCUUUAUUAAAGGCAGGUGUAAUCAUUCCUUGUGAAAAUUCUCCUGUGCGCACACCAAUCUUCCCAGUGAAAAAAAUCAGGGAUGAAGGACAGCUAGGUGAAUGGCGUUUUUUACAAGACUUGCAAAGUGUGAAUGAUGCUGUACAACAAUGUGCUCCAAAUGUCCCUAACCCAUAUACUAUUCUUUCUCAGGUGCCGCCUGAAAGUAAAUGGUUUUCAGUGGUCGAUUUGGCGAACGCAUUUUCAGUGUUCCAGUCCAUCCAGAGAAGGGUUUUGUGAAUCACCUACCAUCUACAGCGUUGCGUUGAAAGAAAGUUUGAGCUCAUUAAAACUGUCACCAGGAAGUGCACUGUUGCAAUAUGUUGAUGAUUUCAUGAUCUGUGCCCCAACUCAAGCUCAGUGUGAAAAAGACACAAUUGCACUGUUGAAACAUUUGGAUAAAGAAGGUCAUAAAGCUACCCUGUCAAAAUUGCAUUUUGUACAACAAGAAGUGAUAUUUUUGGGUCAUGUGAUCACAUCAGAGGGCAAAUCCCUCUCCCCAAAAAGAAUAAAAGCAAUCCAAAACAUUCCACGACCAAUUACAAAGAAACAAGUCAUGUCUUCUUUAGGAAUGUGUUCUUAUUGCAGAUCAUUCAUUCCCAACUAUGCUGUCCUCGAGGUGCCCCUGAGCGCAAUCUCACACGGGCGAGGCCUGCAGGCACCACAGUAAGGUGACAUGGACUGCUGAACCAGAAAAAGCAUUUGUUGAUUUGAAACUUGCUCUCCAAACGACUCCGACUCUUGGAUUAUCUGAUCCAAGUCAACCUUUCACCUAGACUGUUGACAAAAAUGGAGGAUGCGUGACUUUAGUGCUGCUCCAGGACCAUGGAGGCAGACAGAGACCUGUAGCUUACUUUUCAAACUUGACCCUGUAGCUGCAGGACUUCCUACAUGUCUGAGAGCUGUUGCGGCUGCAGAAAAAGCUGUGAUGGCUUCCAGAGACAUAGUGGGGUACUCUGACCUAACUUUGCUCGUUCCACAUGCUGUUUCAUUGAUUUUGCUCAAACAGAAAACAUCUCAUCUUUCUGCAGCAAAAUGGCUCCGUUACAACACUGUGUUGCUUGAAAUGCCUAACAUCACUGUGAAAAGAUGUAAUGUUCUUAAUCCUGCAUCUCUUCUCCCCACAGAAGGUGAUGGAGAAGAACACAACUGUGUUGCCACAAUAAGUUUGUGCCACAAACAACAUUGGUAUUGGUAUUCAAACACCACAAGCAGCACACCCUCCACCAGAAAAAAACAUUUGAUCACUUACAGAUGGAUUUCAUUGAACUAACACCAAGUGGAGGAAAGAAAUAUUGUCUGGUAAUUAUUGACAUGUUUUCCAAAUGGAUCGAAGUUUUUCCCAUAGCAAAACAAGACACUGGUGCUGUUGCUAAAGCUCUUAUCAUUGUCAGGAAUUCCGGGAAGAAUUAGCAGUGAUAAUGGAACACCGUUUGUCUGUGCUGAUCUAAAACAAGUUGGUGAAUAUUUUGGCAUUGACAUGAGACAGCAUUGUGCUUAUCAUCCAGCCAGUGGUGGUGCUGUUGAGCGAGAGAAUGGAACCUUAAAAAAAUAAAUUGGCAAAAGGAAACAGGCUUGUCUUGGACAAAGACACUCCCAAUUGUUCUUAUGCAAAUGAGAGCUAGGGUCAGACCAAAAUACGGCCUUAGUCCAUUUGAAAUCCUGUUUGGGUGAGCAGCCAACACAGGCAUUGGACCUGUCAAAAGACAAUUACCGUCCACAGUCCACUGUGAAGAUGAAAUGCUUCGUUACUGUGCUAACUUAUCCUCUUUUCUAUCUAACAUACACAACCAGGUGAAAGAAGCACUACCAACUCUAGUCACAGGACCUCUUCAUGACCUGCAGCCUGGUGACAGGAUAGUAUUGAAAGACUUGAGAAGAAAGGCUUGGCGCUCUAAGCGGUAGACGGGCCCAUUCCAGGUGCUGUUGACCACACAGAUGGCAGUAAAGGUCACUGAAAGAGUCACCUGGAUCCAUGCCAGCCACUGCAAAAGAGUUCCACCUCCACCAGAGACACCUACAACAGAGUAAGUCACCACAGCGCGAUUGAGGACUCUACGAGAGUGUAGGUGGAUUGCUGCUCUCAGGUGACCAACACAAAGACAUCCAUUCACACACCAGGAAGAGAAGUAGAAGUUACAGUAUUGGCAUACUGUCCGACAAGAGCGGGCCAGGCUCCAACUAAGUGAUGUGCUGAGUGAAUCUCAGUGUCACCAUCGUGGGAUCAAUGAUGGAACCCGAACGACGGCCAUGGCAUCCAUUCAGAUGUCCUGGAUGGUGUGGUUUGCAAGGUUCAAUGUGUUCUCUUUUUGUGAUUUAAUUGUUCUCUUAAUUGUGAUUCCAAUCAGCUUCAAUUUAGACAGUCAACAUGCACAAACAAAUACCGAUACAACACCAGGGCCACAACCAGCUAAUGUUACCACAUUGUCGCUUAAAAGCAACCAACGUUUUGCAUACAAAACUCCUUUUGACCACCCUGACUUUAUGAAAAACAAUGCCUGGUUGAUGUACACUAACUACACCACACGACAGCAUGCUAACCACUCUUGUUUGUUCUGUAUGCCAGCCCGCCCUGAGCUAAUGAUCAUGUCAACUCCACACACCCCACAAACAUCCUGACACUGUUUCCCACACUCCUUGUCUAUAAAAAGCAUGUACACUUUGUAUUUGAUUAUCAGUCUGCAAUUACACUUUGUUGUGACUGUACACUGAUCCCUUGCAGGGUUCUCAUUAAAAGACAUUAAGACAACUUGGUCAUUGUCAGCUUUUUAUUUUUCAGAUUUCCACCACACUCGUGACCCAUUUUCCAUCAAACCAGAGGCAGACUUCUGUGUAAAAGCAAAAGAGGUAAUGUCUUGUAUUGAUGAGAACAUCUUUCAAAUGGAAUUGGUUGAUGUGCAGUCCUCCUUUGCUUUAAAACAGCACUUGCAGUCUGAGGGUGCAGUGGACUUUUGGUCUAAGCAUUUUAGCCAAUAUCAGUACCCCACAAUAAGGAAAGUGGCCUUGCUAAUACUGACAAUGUUUGGAUCCACUUACACUUGUAGAGUCUAGUUUUCUCAUAUGAAUGCCAUCAAAACAAGGGCACGUUGUUCCAUGACCAAUGAGAAGUUGCAUGAGUGUCUCAGGAUUGCCCUUACUACUUAUGAGCCAAACUAUGUUGAAAUAGCGAAAUCAAGGCAGUGUAAUUUCUCUCAUUGACUCAAACAGGCUCAAAAUGACAGAAGUCUGAUUUGUAUGGUAGUUCUGUAGUAGUAAAUCACCUGAUUGAGGCAUUUAAUGCCAUCUCAGUGAAAAUGCAAAGACUACAGAUCUGUUUUAUGAUGAUUCAAACAGGCCUACUUAUUGUUAGUCUUGAUACUGUUCAACUGUUUUCACCCUUAACAAAUAUGAAUAUGGACCUGCUAUAAGCACCAUAUGUCUGCUUGGAAUUGUUUUUGAUAGUACCAUGAACAGGCCCAUUUAUUAUUAGUCUGAUGGCUACUGUUUUACUAUGUUCAUCUUGCAUUUAGCAUUUAAGGAUAUGGACCUGUUUUAAAAGCUCCUUAUGUAUGCUUGGAAGUGUUGUUGAGGAUGUUAUAAACAGGCCUACUUACUGUUAGCCUGAUGGAUACUGUUUUACUAUAUUCAUCUUGUUUUCUACAUUUGUGGAUAUGGACCUGUCAGAAAAACACCUCAUGUCUCCUUGGUUUUUAAAUUGUUACUCUUUGCACUUCUGUUUCAAGCUUUGUAACCAUAGCUUUCCUACUUUUUGUAUAGACUGGCUGCUGUCUGGAAUUGAUUGUAAUGAUACAAUUAAAGUGAAAGAAAAGG